UUCCCAUUUGUGUUUUUGAGGUGGUUGAAUCGGUGGUUGUGGAGGUUUCGGGUGGCUGUGCAGGAUAUAGUGAUAUGGACAGAGAAGUUAAUGAAGCUGGUAAAGUUAGAGUUAGGCACCGAGUACAAACCCAACCUAUAGUUGAAUUAAAUGCUUCCCUGUCAUCCUUUCAUAAGGAAAGAAUAAAGUCGACACCUUUUAAAUUUUUAGUCGAUUUGGUGGACAAUAUCGUUAUUUCUAGCCCCAUUCUUGUAGAAUUAAUUAGUAGGUGGGAUGUCGUACAUAAGGCUUUUAGGAUCAGAGAGAAUUUAGUCCCUUUUACAGUUGAGGAUGUGUGUUUUUUUUUAGGUUUGUCAAAUUGUGGUCAAACUUGUAAUCUAGAAAAUGAUGUCGGUGGCAUUGUUAAUAACUUUUUUAGGGAUGAGGACAUAACAAGUUUGACUAUAAUGGAAAAGUUGAGGGAUAAGAAAUUUAAAACAAAAAAAAAUGUUGACAAUUAUUGUAGGUUGUAUAUAUUGUUAACAUUUGGAAUAUUUUAUUUUCCUAGGAAUAGUAAUGUGAUAAACAGUGUCCCUUUUAGUAAAUUAGAUAACAUUGAUGAACUAAAUAUAUACAACUGGGGUGAUGCUGUAUAUAGUUUGAUAAAAAGUAGUUUGAAUCGGGCAGCGGAUAAAUACAACCGCAAAACAUACCAUGAUGCUAUACACAUAGCUGGUUGUGCAGCAGUAUUACAGUUAUGGGUUUUGGAACACAUAAGUUUGUAUGAUAUUGGAGGUAGGAGUAUUUAUCCUCGAAUUCUUCAUUGGAUUGUAAUUAAAGAUAAAAGGAGAAAAAUAAUAUCAACUUUUGAACGUACUGAGAUUUUAUGGGAUUUCCAUUUGAGUGAAGAACAAUUUCAGAAUGAGGAAAUCAAGGAAUCACUUGGUUCUAUUGGGGAGACUAAUAGUAAGUCCUACAAUGACAACUUUGACUUUGCUAGAGUUGUCGAAGAGCAAAGGCUCUUGAGGACAAGGGUUGAUAACCAUGCAGAACGCCUUUUGGAGUUACAAAGAAGAAUAAGACGGUUGGAAGAAGAAGUUUUGAAUGAGAUGCCAUCUUUUAAUGAUGGUAUGGAAGGGCCUUCGACAGAUGACAAAGCAAGAGAUUUGGCUAUUGUCAAUUUUUUGGAUGGGGGUGUGGAGGGACCCUCCACAAAUGAGAACAUUGUUUUUUCAAAUGUUUACAGAACUUGCACUUCGGGCCUUUGUAAUGAUGGUGCUGAAGUACUUUUGGAAGUGUCAAACAACAUGUUGACCAUAGCAGACUUCAAAUGCUUACGACCACGUGGAAAAAUUGAUAACAUGGUUAUGUUGUCUGCCACUGGGAUGAUUGUGUAUAAUCAAUUGCAAAUAUCUGGAACGAUUAAACGGUGUUGUUUGAAUCCAUUUUUUGCGACAAUGGUUAUGGAGAGAAUGAAGAUUCCCAAAAAAAAGCGAGAAGCAUUGCCAACAACAGAUUAUCAUCAUUUCUUCCAACCUCAAUCAUUUCCAUUAAAUGUGUUGUUAACAUCUGAAUUUUUAUUUGUGCCCACCGUUGGUGAUGACCAUUGGUGGUGCUAUGCUGUAAACUGUCAAUCAAGAGAAAUGUUUAUUUUGGAUUCUCUUGGUCACAAAAGGCGGCGUAGAAAAAGUAUUGACAAGGCUAUGGUUGCCACUUUGCAACAAUUAUUCAAUAUGAUUGACAUAGACUCAAACUGUAAGGAGCAGGAAUUGAAAGUGAUUGAAGAAGAUUUGCCUGUGCAACCAAAUACGUUAGUGAACUUGCUGGUGUUGACAAUUUAUUGAGUUGUGUCAUAUGAUCACUUUAUAAUAUUUGUUUAAUUUGUAGGUAUGAUUGUGGUAUAUUGGUCAUCAAGUAUAUUGAGUUAUGGGAUCAUACACCUAAAUGUGGGAUGGGAUCCUUUAGGCAUUGAUUAAGGCAUGAAGUAGGACAACAUUAGCAACUUCAUUACAUUGAAGUAGGGGAACAAUUAAUGUACAUUUUCAAUAGA